AUGAGGGCUUUGCUUCCCUCUACACUCCUCAUCCACAAGCCCCGCCUCCUCUCUCGCUGCUGCGCCCUAGUAAGACUCGAGCGCGUGCCCUCUGCAGCUGCUGCAGCUGCAGCGCCGGCUGCUGCAGCAGCAGCAGCAGCUCCAACAGCAGCAGCAGCAGCAGCAGCACAGGCAGCCACAGAAGCCAGCCUGCGGCUUCCUCCUCCACCCUUAGGCCCCUUUUCUCUCACCGCCUGCCGCUUAUUCCCCAGAGACUCCUUUAGAGGAGGGCCCCCCGUGGGGGGCCCCAGGGGGGGCCCCCAAGGGGGCCCCCCGGGGGGGCCCCCGGGGGGGCCCCCCGGGGGGGCCCCCCGUGGGGCCCCCCUCGGGGGCCGGCUGCACCCAGAAAGUGCAGAUCCUUUCAAGCCGCAGCAAAUGCGGCGGAUGGACUUGAAGUUGGGGCCUUAUGCUGGAGGCCGUUUCUUUGUGUCUCCUAAAGAAGAUCCGAAGGAGUUUAUUUUGUGUGUUAUUAUUGUUGCAAUUUUCCUCUAUACUCUCGUUUACACCUACACGCAGCCUGGGGGGGAAACUGUGUUUCAGCGGCGGCGGCGCAUCAUCAGAGAGCGGCUGCUGAAAGAGGCGGGACUAAACGAGGCGGAUCUGGAGGCGCUGGAGGCCGAAGAGGCCCCAUUGACGAACUAA